AUGCCUCGUCUGGACGUGGAAAAAACGAUCGAGGAGCUGACGCUCGGGGAGAAAGUAGCCCUGACGGCUGGAAUCGAUUUCUGGCACACGGCUGCGGUGGAGCGUCUGAAUAUCCCCUCCCUGCGCAUGUCCGAUGGUCCCAAUGGAGUGCGCGGAACGCGGUUCUUCAACGGCGUGCCUGCGGCGUGCUUUCCCUGCGCCACGGCCCUGGGAGCGACGUGGGACGUUGAGCUGCUGCACAAAGUGGGCCACUUGAUGGGUGAGGAAUCCAUUGCGAAAGGUACCCACAUCGUCUUGGGUCCCACGAUCAACAUCCAGCGGUCCCCGCUCGGAGGACGAGGGUUCGAGUCGUUUGCCGAGGACGGUGUGCUGUCGGGCCAGCUGGCUGGCUACUACUGCAAGGGUGUUCAGGAGACGGGUGUUGCGGCGACCCUCAAACAUUUCGUCUGUAACGACCAGGAGCACGAGCGUCUGGCGGUUGAUAGCAUCGUGACUCGGCGUGCGAUGCGUGAGAUCUACCUGCUGCCGUUCCAGCAGGCUAUGAAGAUCUGCCAGAGCGCUUGCAUCAUGACCGCUUACAACAAGGUCAAUGGGCACCAUGUUAGCGAAAACAAAGAAAUUAUCACCGACAUCCUCCGCACGGAGUGGGGAUGGGACGGCCUGGUGAUGAGUGAUUGGUUCGGAACCUACAGCACAUCGGACGCCAUCCUCGCGGGUCUGGAUCUGGAGAUGCCUGGCAAGACCCGCUGGCGUGGGACUGCCCUGGCUCACGCCAUUUCGUCCAACAAGGUCCCCGAAUUUGUCGUUGACGAGCGAGUCCGCAAUGUGCUGAAUCUCGUGAACUGGGUGGAUCCGCUAAACAUCCCAUCCAACGCGCCAGAGAAGGCCCUCAACCGACCCGAGGACCAGGCCCUGCUGCGACAGGCCGCGGCAGAGUCUGUUGUUCUCAUGAAAAACCAGGAUAACAUCCUCCCGCUCAGCAAGGACAAGUCGAUCUUGGUCAUCGGUCCGAACUCCAAGAUCGCGGCCUACUGCGGCGGUGGGUCCGCGUCUCUGGACCCCUACUACACCGUGACGCCCUUUGAGGGCGUAUCCGGCGAGAGCAAGGGCGAAGUGAAAUUCUCCCAAGGCGCCUACUCGCACAAGGAUCUGCCUCUGCUGGGCCCUCUGAUGAAGACUGCCGACGGGAAAACCGGCUUCAAGUUCCGCGUUUUCAACGAGCCCGUCUCGCAGCCGGACCGGGAACUGAUCGAUGAGCUGCACCUGGUGUCGUCGAGCGGCUUCCUCAUGGACUAUAUCAACCCCAAUAUCAAGUCCUUCACCUUUUUCGUCGACAUGGAGGGCUUCUACACGCCAGAGGAGGACGGGAUCUACGACUUUGGCGUCACAGUGGUUGGUACCGGCCGGCUCCUAGUGGACGGUGAGGUGGUCGUGGACAACACCAAGAACCAGCGCCAGGGAUCCGCCUUCUUUGGCAAUGGCACCGUUGAAGAGAAGGGCAGCAAGGAGCUCAAGGCCGGCCAGACGUACAAGAUCGUCCUUGAGUUUGGCAGUGCCCCCACAUCCGACCUCGACCAACGGGGUGUCGUGAUCUUCGGCCCUGGCGGGUUCCGAUUCGGAGCCAGCCGCCGUGUCAGUCAGGAGGAGCUCAUCUCCAAGGCCGUCGAAGCGGCCGCCAAGGCCGAGCAGGUCGUCAUCUUCGCCGGUCUCACUAGCGAGUGGGAGACGGAGGGCUACGACCGUGAUCACAUGGACCUGCCCCCGGGCAGCGACGAGAUGAUCACGCGCGUUCUGGAAGCGAACCCGAACGCCGUGGUCGUCAUCCAGAGCGGCACGCCGGUCACAAUGCCAUGGGAGAAGAAGACCAAGGCGCUGUUGCAGGCAUGGUUCGGCGGCAACGAGUGCGGUAACGGCAUCGCGGACGUCCUAUACGGCAACGUGAACCCGUCCGCCAAGCUGCCCGUGACCUUCCCCGUGCGCCUGCAGGACAACCCCAGCUACGUCAACUUCCGCUCCGAGCGCGGCCGCGUGCUCUACGGCGAAGACGUCUACGUCGGAUACCGCUACUACGAGAAGAUCGAGCUGCCGCCUCUCUUCCGCUUCGGCCACGGCCUCUCCUACACGAGCUUCACCCGCAGCGAUCUCACCAUCGCCACCGUCCCGGAGAAGCCCGGCGCCCUCGAAGACGGCGAACCGAUCACAGCCACCGUCACCGUCACCAACACCGGCAGCGUGGCCGGCGCCGAGAUCGUCCAGCUGUGGGUCGUCCCGCCCCCGACGGGCGUGAACCGCCCCGUGCGCGAGCUCAAGGGCUUCACCAAGGUGUUCCUCAACCCCGGGGAGAAGAAGACGGUGCAGAUCACCGCGGAGAAGAAACUGGCGACGAGCUGGUUCGACGAGCAGAGGGCGAAGUGGGCGAGCGAGAAGGGCGAGUAUAAGGUUGAGGUCACGGGCACCGGGGAUGAGGUCCUCACUGGUUCUUUCUCCGUGGAGAAGACCAGAUACUGGCUGGGUCUGUGA